AUGGUAAUCAAACUAGACAAACGCAAAUUUGAAAAACAUCUUGUCAAUGUUUUAAAGGCACUCGAUAGCAAUGCCCAUUUAAUUGCAUUGAAAGGUAUUUUAAUCACCGCUUUACCUGAUCAAGUGCAAAUGUUAGUUUCAAACGGAAAUUUAUCAAUUCAAGAAACAAUUCCAACUGAUGAAUCGUUGCAAGUGAUUCAGACUGGCAAAAUUUUAGUGCCGGGAAAGUUGUUUGUUCAGCUAAUUAAAAAACAUAGUUCGCCACUCGAGAUGAAGGUUGAAAAUAAGCAAUUGGUUCUAAAAUCACAAAAUUUCUUUUCUAAUAUCAAUCUAUUAGAUGUUUCUGAGUACCCACAAAUUAGUUUUGAAGUUAGCGGACAAGAGAUCGAUGUCGACGCAAAAAUACUUCGGGAAACAAUUAAAAACGUUGCUUUUGCGGCUUCAAAUCGUGAUACCAACAUAAUUCUCAACGGCGUUAAUUUAUUGAUUAAAGAUGACCAGUUAAUUGUCAGUGCGACCGAUACUUACCGAAUUGCCCGGGAAAUCAUUCCCAUUAAAACUAACCAGACUUUUAACAUCACAAUUUUGUCGCGCCAUGUCAAAGACUUCAUCCCCGAGUAUGCCGAAGGUUUGAUCAGACUUUGUCUCAAGGAAAAUAAAAUCGUAACAUCCUACCAAACGACCCAAGUUUUACUCAAAUUAAUCGACGGCAUUUAUCCUAACGUGGGUAAAGUGAUUCCGAGCGAGUUUACUUACCGCUUAGAAAUUGAAACUAACGAACUGAUUAAUCUGGUCGAAAAAGCUUUGGUUGUUUACAAAGAAAGUUCAAGUUUAAAUUCUCUCUGUUUUGUUUUAAAGCCGCAGGAAUUAGAAAUACUUGGUCGUGAAAAUGAGAUUGGUCACACCGAGGUUAAAAGUAAUAACAUCAGUUGGAACGGACCAGAUUUUAGAAUUACUUUCAACGGCAGUUAUUUAAAGGAAGCAGCCAGUCGUUUCAAAGUUGUCGCCAAAAAAAAGCUUGAGGAUUUAGAAAAAAUUAAAAUUGGCCAAGCGGUCGAAAUAAGUGGAAAAAUUAAUUCAACCCCCGGCAAACCGCAACCAAUCGAAUUAGAACUCGAAAAUUUUCAAAUUUUAACUAACGUUGACGAAGAAUUUCCGAUCCAAAAACAAGGUAUUAACCGGGAAACCUUGCGCAAGUUGCCCCACCUACGUCACCGCACUAACUUGUUUCGCGUGGUGAUGUUAGUUCGAUCAAAAUUGGCUCAGGAAAUUCACCGCUUCUUUUGGGAAAACAACUUCCUUUAUUUACAAAGUCCAAUUAUCACCGCUAACGACGGAGAAGGGGCUGGAGAAACCUUUUUAGUCGACAGCCCAAUUCAUAAGAAUUUUUUCAAACGCAAAGCUAAUUUAUCGGUUACCGGUCAGUUGCACGCCGAGGCUUACGCGACUGGUUUUCAAAAAGUUUACACUUUUGCGCCCACUUUCCGAGCCGAACUUUCCCACACAACGCGGCACAUCGCUGAAUUUUGGAUGGUUGAGCCAGAGGUGGCGUUUUACAACUUAGACCAAAACAUCGCUCUGGCGGUUCAAAUGUUAAAACAAGUUGUUAAUAACACCCGUAAGCAGUUAGAAAGCGAAUUCAAAUGGUUAAGGGAAAACGUACCAAACCAACACCUUGAUAGUUUAGACAAACUAGUUAAGGAGGAAAUACCGACCAUUGAUUAUCGUCAAGCGCUUGAAAAACUCAACAAAAUUCACCAGCAAACGGGACUAAAAAAAAUUUCUUUUGGCCAAGACUUGAGUAUUGAGCACGAGCGAGCGCUUUGCGAAAAAAUUUACCAAUCUCCGGUGGUAGUGAUCAACUACCCUAAACAAAUCAAAGCGUUUUACAUGCAACUCAACGAAGAUCAAAAAACGGUUGCUAACUUUGAUUUGCUCGUGCCCGGGGUCGGAGAACUGAUCGGCGGUUCGGUGCGCGAAGCUGAUUACCAAAAAUUGACCAAGCGACUUAAGGAACUAAAAAUCGCUUCCCAAGAGUUAGAUUGGUACCUUGAUCUAAGACGUUUUGGUGGGGGUAGAUCGGCCGGUUUUGGACUGGGAUUUGAACGUUUGGUGAUGUAUGUUUGCGGUCUUGACAACAUCCGCGACGCCAUUCCAUUUCCGCGUACUCCGGGAAAUUUAAGAAUGUAA